AGAUAUUGUUGUAUGGUUUUGCAAUGGCGACGACAAUGGCAUUGGCAACGGCUACCGGAGUAGCAGAAACCAGCAGAUGGAGCAUGGCGUCUCUGAAGGCGGCGUUGCCACCCCCGCCCGAGAGGUUCACCGUUCCUACCGCUUCUUCUUCUUCUUCGGCAACGUGCGGCCAUCGGAGCCUGCGCCUCAGCGUCGGACUCCGCAAACCCGAGCUCCAAUUCGGGUCUUUCUCGGGUCUCUCUCCCCUGAACCCGCUCCUCUCCCUCGGCCUCUCCGAGUCCAUGAGUUUUGAACACAACUUCACCAUCAUUGAUAAUGGUGGUCGUAUUUCUGCCAUGAGACAUGGCAGGAAAGUUCCUAAGCUCAACAGGCCUCCUGACCAGAGGAAAGCACUUCUUCGAGGCCUCACAACUCAGCUCCUUAAACACGGACGCAUCAAAACUACCCGAGCAAGGGCAAGUGCUAUGAGGAAGUACGUGGACAAGAUGAUCACACUGGCCAAGGAUGGAUCUCUCCAUAAGAGGAGACAAGCGCUGGGAUACAUCUACGAGAAACAGAUUGUCCAUGCUUUGUUUGCAGAGGUACCUGACAGAUAUGGGGAGCGGAAUGGUGGCUAUACAAGAAUCAUCAGAACUCUGCCAAGGCGAGGGGACAAUGCACCCAUGGCAUACAUUGAACUCGUGUAGGUCUGUAAUUCAUUUCAAUUUUGAAUUUGUGUAGGUCCGAGCGUUUUUUUACAUCUUCCUGGAAUUUUAUGAAAUAUCUAACGGCAUUAGUUCUUAUGGAAGCAUGCAUUUCCAGCCUAUGUUUAAGCUCA